GUUGUGUGUCAGUCGGAACGGUCCCAACAUUGAUUGUGUGAAGUGUGCAGGGGGGAAAUGGAAGAAGCCCUGACAGCCCUGCCAUGGGUACCAGUUUGUAUCGGUGGUUCUGAUCUGCUGGCUAAAGCCUGGUUUGGUGACACACAGUACCGGGUUCUGCUGAGUGAUCUGAGCAGUGUGUGGGAAGAGGAGAUGAAUGCAGACGACAUCCAGAGACGAGCACAGGAUCUGAAUAAGCGUCUCAGGGCUCCCACACAGGCUUUUUUCACUCAUCUGUGCUCAGUGGCACAGCCUUGUUUCUCCAGCCAAGGUAAUGACCAGACCUCUGCUGCACACGUGUCCCUUGAACGUCACGGCAACAAUUUAACAGUCAGGCUCAAAAGUGAACUGGCUGGGUUGCCGUUCUACUGGGAGUUCUGCUGCACCCAAACACCUGUAGCCACGGUUUGCAGGCAGCUGGUGCGCCCCCUCCUGGCAGUGAGUAGAGUUUUGCAGCGGCAAGUGGAAGAUUUGGCCACUCUUCUGGGCAGAAAGGAUGCAGAGAUACAGGAUUAUCAGGAAAAUGGAGCUGUGCUCAGUAGAGCCAGACUGCAGACAGAGCCAUUUGAGGUGCACCGAUACAAGGAGAACUUCUUCACACAGACUAUUCCACAGAUGGCUGUGCCGCUAGAUGGUUUGGAUUUUGACUCCGAGUUACAGGCCCUAUUCCUGGCCGUGAGCUCAGGGAACACUCCGCAGAAACGUAAACGCUCUCCUGAUAGCAGCCCCACUGCAGAGAACAACCACGUCCCUGAACAUCAACAAACCAGUGAUGUUCCCACAGGUGAGGAGUCUUUAAUGGCUUCUAAAGAACAGAAUGAUGUCAAAAGAUCAUCCGGAAGAACCCGAGAAGCUGACAGUGAACAGACUGUUCCAUUAAUAUCUACUGCUGCUGCUGGUUCUGAGGAACGUGUCACCUCUCGGCCGAAAAAGAAGAAAGCUGUGGGGCUUUUCCGGUGACCAUUCAAACCUCUGAUGCUGGAUUAAUACAAAUCAUGGACACUUUAAUUUUCUGAAUGCGUUAUAAAAAUACUUAUUUUAAUUCUUUUUUUUUUUUUUUUUUAUGUUGGAUUUUAGUUGUUUUAGAAAUGUUAUUAAUGGUUUUUAUUCUGUAUUACC